AUUCAAAACAAAGCUGCUCAGCUCAACUCAGAGUGAAAUGGGGAAGGCAGAGAAGGAGAGACUAAAUCAAAUUCUUAGUUCUUAUAUAAACUCUAUUCACGAAACCUUUCAGUUAUUGGAUGAGACAGCAACUUCAUCACUGGAAAAAGUGAGCUGGGAAGAAGUUGUCAAAAUGGGCGAUCAAGUCUCUAAGCAAGCUACUAUUGUUGGAAUGAUUUGGGUUGGGGAAAAACCAGAAGUUAAAGCAAUUGAGGAGAACAUGGAAACAUAUUUCAAUACGCUGCAGGGUUUCCUUUUGAUUUCUCAUGGUAGCAAAGUGGGUGCUGGACCUACUCUUUCUUCAUAUAUUCAUGCAUCCGUGAAACAAAUUGUCGAUUCCUGCUUUAAGUUGAUGAUGGAAACUGUGUCUUCAUAUGGAUCCCGUAAAGUAGACUUUAAACUCGUGGUUCCUCAGUUAGCUGGUGCAGUAUGGGAGGCAUGCUCUGCUCUUAAGAAGACACCUUCUACAAAUAUUACAGCCAUUGGUCGAUCAAUGACGCAAGUUGCAGUUUCCGUGAAAGAUGUUCUUCGUGAGAUGAAGGAGCUCAAACCAGCUCCCUCUAAUAUGACAGAUGAAGCGUUAGACGGUUCUUCUCCACAAGAAGAAAUUGGGCUCCCUGGUGAUGAUAAUCUAAGUGAUGAUGAUCUAGGAAACGACUUAUCACCUGAGGAGAUGAAAGUUGCUCAAUCGGGAGCUGGGGUCGUAUCUGAGACGGUUGCUGUUUUAAAGGAACUAAUCCGUACGAUCACCGGUUUGCUUAAGCAGGAAAAACCUAAUGACACAGGAGAUUUUGUGGACGCAUUAGAGAAGUUAUUGAAGCUAUCUCAAGAAAUCAGUGAGCAGAUUGAUGAGCUUGGAGCUUCCCUUUAUCCUCCACAGGAAAUUCCCGCUAUAAAGGCAGCUUUGGAAAAAAUAUCAAGUAUAACGGGUGAAAUGCUGGCCAUUGUAGAAAGUUUCAAAAGUGUUUCGGAAACUUUCCUUCAGGCGUGCACUGGUCUGAAGAGUUCCAUCAAACAAAUGGAAGCUGAACUAGACAGCUCCUAUACUAGUGAUAUAGAAGCUAAAAUGCAAAAUGUUGCCCUCAGCAAUUAGAGAAAUUAAAAUAUUUGGUUUUGAUUCAUAGUUUGUCAUUAUUUUCUUUGCUAUUGUAAAAGGGAAAGGAAAUGGCAGUUUCAAGAAGCAAGGAAUUGGAUAAUG